AUGGCUGCAGAAAAGAGCGAGAUCACGCCUGCUGGCCGAGGGCCUUUGGAUCAAAGCAAUAUCAGUGUUGUAAUUGACUCAGAGAGCAACCAAGAUGCCGUCAUGGCUCCGACAGAAGCUCUGCGCAAGCUCUGGACCAAGUUUCCGCUUACCUUGGCGUUCGUCGGCCUGUUUGUCAUGAACUUCUGCAUGGUCUUUGCCGCUUCUUCCGCCGGAGUUUACGAUCCAUACGCGACCAGCCAUUUCAAAGGCCAUUCGCUUAUUGCCACGGCCAAUGUUGUUCAUGGCAUUGUUCGCAUUGUCGGUUAUCCACUCUUGGCCAAGGUUGCAGAUCACGUUGGGCGACCGCAGGGAUUUGCUGGGGCCACGAUUAGCAUGGCUCUGGCGAAUGUCCUCUAUGCGGCGUGCCGUAAUGUCGAGACAUAUCUUGCUGGUGGAAUUUUCGAAUCGUUUGGCGAUACCUGGUGGACAAUAACCGAGCAGAUCUUUAUCGCCGAGGUUACAUCGCUAAUCAACAGAGGUUUCCUCUUUACACUCCCAGAAUCACUUGCUGCCAUACCAACUUUGUACGCCGGCACAUAUCUUGGCGAGCAUAUGCUGCUCAAGUCCUCGUGGCGCUGGGGCUUUGGCAUGUGGGCUGCAAUUAUGCCAUUUUGCGCAUUGCCAACUAUCGCCGUUAUGGUGUUUAUGAGUAUGAGGGCACGAAAGAGGGGUAUAGUCAGUAAGCGGACUUCAUUGCGCGCUGCCUCUGAGAUACCCAAGGGCGCUUCUUGGAUUGUCCAAGCUCGACAAGUUCUCUACGUCCAGUUGGAUAUUGUUGGAGCAUUCUUGUUACUUGCGGGCCUCGCCAUGACUCUUCUUCCCCUCUCUAUAACCGGAAGACGCAACACUGACAAGUGGUCUGAACCAUCAUCUAUCAUCUUGUUAGUCGUCGGCGUCUUGACAUUCGUUGUAUUCUUGAUCUGGGAUGGUCGAUAUGCUAAGAAACCAAUUGUGCCUUUUCGCAUGAUCAAGAACCGCAACGUCAUACUCGCUUGCGCUUCGGUAUGCUUGAUCGCAAUGUCGGACUCGACUUACCGAACAUUUGCAUCUAGUUUCUUGCAGGUUGCUGGUGGUUAUUCCCCCGGACAUGCAGUCCGCAUUGACAAUUCCCGACGUGUUGCGUUGAACCUUGGUGGUCUUGUCAUUGGCUUGGCUAUACGAUUUGUCAAGCACACCAAACCAUUCAUCGUUCUCGGCUUCUUGAUGGUUGCUUUGGCCAACGGACUUCCGACUUUCUUCACAAACAUCGACGGAGUUCGAGUCGCGAAUGAAGCGUCAUUGACCACGGGACAAGUCCUGCUUGGCCUUGGCCGCGGCUUUGCCCAGGUUCCACUCCAGGUCUCUUUACAAGCCGCAGUUCCAGACCAUGAGAUUGGCAUUGCAACAGCCAUGUUCCUUUCCUCAUCCGGAUUCGGUGCUAACGUUGGCAACAGUAUUGGAGGAGCGUUAUGGAAUACCCUGCUUCCACGCCGCCUCUCGGCAAACCUACCAGAAGAGGUCAAGGCCAACAGCACGGCAAUCUUCCGCUCAAUUGUAGUUGCGCAAAGCUAUGAGCUGGGUACUGAGACUCGUGAUGCGAUUAACCUCAGUUAUCGCAUGACACAACAGACCCUCGCUAUUGGGUCUCUGUCCCUGUCUAUCCCACUGUUGUUGAUGAUGUUCUUCUUCCGAAAUGUUAAGCUAGCCAAGGAGGAUGACGAGAGAAACGAGAUUGCAGAGCAACAGCUUGCUGCAGCAGGGCAGAAACAAGAGAGUGGAAAAAAUGAGACGGGAAUAAGGUU